AUGAGAACACUUCAGGGGCUCGAUCGCACCUUAAAGGAACUGGAGAAUCAGUGCCAGGGCAUCGCAGAGGCGACAAAAGUGCUCUUAAAUGCGUUGAAGGCGCAACUAAAUGAGGCAGAUUUGCGUCGUGCACAAAUAGACGAGCAUGCACCAUUCAGUUCAUCAGUGGUAGACAAACUUCGGGCAGAAAUCCAGGCGAAUAAGCAUUUGGCAAAUGAAGCAUCUACAAUGAUUCUAAAUUUCAACAAAGUCGUCACACAGUCUGAUGGCAUUUGCAAGGAUGCGCGCAUUUUGAUGAAUUCGCUUGUCUUCGAGGAAAAGGCUAACAAUCGCAAAACAACCGUGCCGAAGAUGGCGCCUAACGGUGAAGCUUCCGGCGACAUAUCCGAUGACGAUUCGUAUGACGAUACGGUUUGCGAGGCUACACGUCAUGCAGUGAACAAAGGCGAUCACAAAGAAGUCACCGAAUGA